AUGGCAUUUGAAUAUGAAGAUGACGAUGACUGUUUGAAUUUAGAUGUUUCCACUGCUGUCGUCGUCACUGUGCCCGCAGACAGAGACUACUAUGAUGUGGAACAUAUUGUUGAAUUGAACACCAUUCAGAAUUUCCUGCAAGAUGCAGUCGAUGGCGUGUUGCUCACAGGGAACAAUCCGAGAAACCUUGAGCUCCCUUCAGACUACGUUGAGACAUUGAAUACGCAAAUGCUUAUACAACCACCUCCAGUAGCAGGUGGUGGGCGAGUAACACGUGUUCCCCUGCGAAGAAUCAUGAUCGCUCUUGGCAGCGGUCGAAAUAACCAGGAUUUUGUUGUUCUUCUUUCAGCUUUGAAUGGCGUAAACUCACGAAUCUGGCGUUCGGAGGAGUACCACGCAGACAUGGAGGAUUUGAUUGACGAGGAUGACUAUAAACCGGCUCUUCAAAGUAUCCGAUCGAUCAUAUCAGUUAUUCAUUACCUCAAUGAUCGCCGAGUUCAUCCUCGGAUGGUCCAUGCUGCGAACUUGGUACGUUCUGAGCUUGCAUUAGCUGAUCAAGAAUGGAUGUCAGUGGCGGGCUACAAUCCUCGCGGCCAGGACUGGACUGGAAAUGAUGCGGCAUAUGCCAAUGAGGUCCUGGACUCAUAUGAACGUCUUGCAUCUGACAUGGACAUUGACCUGCAGGGUCUUGAGGGCAACGGAUAA